AUGUCUUCCUCGGCUGAGGAGGCCCGUGACACCGCGGGCGAUCUAUCUCCCGCGACCAAGCCGCAGGACCGCGUACGACUCAACAUACACGUGCUGGGCACCGAUGAUUCGGGGCCCAAGGACGACACCGAUGCGCUGGACAAGCCAUCGUCGCCUGGCUCCGCCGAGGUCAGGGCUACGCCAGCUGGAAUGCCUUCUGCCGGGCUGCCGGCGAGCCCUCCUUCGGCGGAAGCCUUACUGGACCCGAAAGGGUUUGACUUGAACGUGGCAGCGAUCAAGCCAUCCGCAGUGGACUCGCCUCCUGGUUUGAGCACCACGCAACCAUCUUUUGACGCCCGAACGGGCAUGCGAUCUUACGUCCCUGCCGAGGACGUCACGGGAUUCUCGACCGACGGCGUGGAGGCGCUGCAGCUGCAGGUGCAACAGUUCGUGCAGUGCGCUGGGGAAGGCGCAACCGCGCUCAUGCCCAACGAUGUUGGAGUCAUCGCCAGGCUCGCCUCUGAUCUGCACGGCGCAGGGGAGCGGUACAUGGCCACCGCCGAGCUCCUCGCGUCCUACCGUAAGGAGCGUUGCGCCUUCCAAGCCUGUGUCGGGCAGGCAGCGGCGACCUACGGGCAGAAGCUAUCGAAUGGUGACUUCUCCGCCAAUGGCGAGCUCACCGAGGCGGCGCUCUGCUUCAACGUGCUGAACGGGGAGCUGGGUGCCUUCGAAGCCGAGGUGGACGAGGGGCAAGCCACCCUCGACCAACUGGAGCAGCGGUAUCAUACCUCCCGCCUCGAGUACAUUGCGGAGCAGGCACGGCUGCUGCAGAUGCUUGAGGGCGCGGCCCCUUCCAAGCUUGCUCGGGCGAAUGCUGCAGCACUCAAGCAUCACCAGUCGCAAAUCAGCUCGCUGGCCGAUGAAGUCGCGCAGCAGCGUCAGGCGAUUGUGGAGCAGGGCCGAGCGACGGUGGCGCUUGGUCGGCAGGCGGAGGAGCACAAUGCAGAAGUGCAGCAGGGGUUUGAGCAGGUGAACGCCAACCUCGCUCAAGGGUUCCAGGCGUUUGGCACCGUACUUCAGGCCAGUCUUGCCGAUGGGUUUCAAGAGCUGGCCGGUGCGCUACGCUCGGCUCAGCACCCGGCGGCGGUGGAACUUCCCUCGCCGCCCGAGGCCGGUGGGGCGUCGGCCGCCAACAACUCGGAGGUGUAUGUCCCGGACAAAGGCACGGUCGACAUGUUGGUCCGUGCGGGCGCGGCCAAUUAUGUCGCCGAACCCUGCGGCUCGCUUCACGUUGGAAGCGGUUCCAACACCUGUUCCUCGUUGCAUCCGGCGAAGCGCAGCUUCGCAUUGUGGGCAACGACUUUCGCUACCCACGGCAUGGCGCAGUUGGCACUACGGAGUUCUGCUGCGAUCAUCUUGGCUCGCAAGGAUCCGCCGCUCGCAACGGUCCGCUUCAAACCGGGGGAUCAUGUGCUUCUGAAAAGGCCGGCGGAUCAGAAGCAUUCCAAAAUGGACUUCCCGUAUUACAACACUGUGUACGCAGUCAAGUCAGUGCUCGAACGCGAUCGCUACCAGCUUGAAACGGUGCACGGCCGCCCCAUCACCCACGCGAAGGACACGGUGCACGUGAGCCGUCUCAAACGCAUGCCCUCGUAUGCCCUCCGUGCCGUCGAAGACUCUGGCCUCUACUACGAAGUCGAGAAGAUUUGUGGGCACCGUGGUGACGGGCGCGAGCGCCGCUACCGCGUCCGAUGGUCGGGCUUUCCCCCUUCGUGUGACACCUGGGAGCCGGUGAGCUCGUUCAACGAGGCGGGCUUCGAUCACUGCAGCCUGAGGCAGCGCCUUCGCAACAGCGCCGGGACCGAGACGCACGACGGGAGCGACGUGCAGCCGACGCAGAUAUUCGCCACGCUCGGGCAAGGGCAAUCGCCGAAACUGGAGACCCCCAGUAAGAAAAGGGGCAUUCAGUCAUCAGCAUUGCAACUAUACUACCCGAGCAUGCACGUGGGCAACACGUAA